AUGGAAAGGCAACACAGAUUCAAUGGGAAUACAACAGGGUUUGACGAAAAUGAGUCCUUGAAUCGAUGGAUCAUCUUCCCCUGGGCUACAGACAUCGCUGCCAAGUUUGGAAUACCAAGGCUCAUCUUUCAUGGCACCAGUUUCUUCUCUCUCUGCGUCUUGGACAGCUUGAAACGAUAUACACCUCAUGAGAACAUUAAAUCCGAGACCGAAACCUUCAUUCUGCCAGGUCUUCCUGACAAGAUAGAGCUGAUGAGGUCUCAGUUGCCCUACCAUUUGAAAACACGAAGCGAUCUGGGCAAGUUGCUUGAACGCGUCAGAGAAUCAAAGGGAAAUUGCUGUGGAGUAUUGGUGAACAGCUUCUAUGAGUUGGAGCCUUCUUAUGCGGAUCACUACAGGAAAGUCAUAGGAAGGAAGGCAUGGCACAUAGGCCCUGUUUCACUCAGCAACAGGGACAUUGCAUAUAAAGCUCAGAGGGGUAACAUAGCUUCCAUUGAUGAGCACGCGUGCCUGAAUUGGCUCGAUUCGAAGAAACCCAAUUCGGUGUUGUAUGUGAGCUUCGGGAGCGUGGCCCAUUUCACUGAUUCUCAACUGCUUGAGAUUGCUAUGGGGCUUGAGGAUUCAGGGUACCCAUUCAUUUGGGUUGUGAGAUCGAAGGAAGAGGAUGAGCAGAGAUGGAUGCUAGAAGGGUUUGAAGAGAGGAUUAUAGGGAAGGGUCUGAUAAUAAGGGAUUGGGCACCUCAAGUUUUGAUCCUGGAUCACCCUGCCGUGGGAGGGUUCGUGACCCAUUGUGGGUGGAAUUCGAUGCUUGAAAGCGUGAGUGCAGGGGUGCCCAUGAUCACUUGGCCGUUGUUUGUAGAGCAGUUCUACAAUGAGAAGCUGGUGACACAAGUGUUAAGGAUAGGAGUGGGUGUAGGGGCUCAUGAAUGGAGUAAAUUUGGAGGAGGACGAGAAGAAAAGGCAGCUGCAGUGAAGAGAGAGGACAUAGAGAAGGCUGUGGAGCAGUUAAUGGGUGGUGGAGAAGAAGCAGAGCGAAUGAGGAGCAGAGCUAUGGAGCUCAAAGAGAUGGCGAGAAGUGCUGUUGAAGGUGGAGGGUCUUCUUACAUCGACGUGACAGCUUUGAUUGAAGAGCUGGGGUUGCAUCCACAGCCGGCAGUCUAGAAUCUAUAUUAA